CAAGACAAGCGGGGAGACGAGGAAUCCCGGCUCUGGAAUUUAAAGAAGUCCAGGUUUAAAAAAAAAAAAAAACAGUAGUGAAGAUCAGAAGAACAAGAAAAAGAAAAUCUUGCCGGCGACAAGACACACGCAGAAAGAAAGAAGAGACGCGCUCAAGGAAGUGCGCUGUGAAGCGUGACAACAAGACUGUGACGUCCCGACGAGCGGAGGCUGGAAUCCCCUCGCAGUGUGCCCACCUCACUGAGAAUUCCGUAUCCUGCUUACUGGUGGCCAUGAUGGGUUACCGCGACACCUCAAGUGCCCUUCUCCUCCUGGUUCUCCUAGGAUGGGGCGCCGCCGCCGACCCCACCGUGACCCCCGACACACGGCGCGCCAUCCCUCCCGAGAUGGCGAACUCGAGAGAUGAGGAGGGAAUGCCCGAAAGGCGGGCGAAGGCAGACGACCUCUUCGACGACCUGGAUCCCGAAACGCUCGCGGCGCUCCUGCUCGGCGCGCUCAAUCGUACCCGGGCGCAGACCAGGAGGGAGGACGACCACACGGCGGAAGGACAAGAGCGGGACAGAGAUGGCCGGCUGAAGCUGGAGCUGCUGAUGGCCGCCCAGGGGAAGGAGGAGAGCAGGAAAGCCCAGGAGGAGGAGGAGAGGAUGACUGAGAGGGUGAGCAGUCACACCACAAGCCAGACGGUCCCGGUCCAGACGCGACCGCCGGCCGAGCAAGCCGGCGCCGAGGAGGAGCAGCUCAACCCGGAGGAGCUCAAGAGUCUGGAGACCGUGAUGAAGGAAUUUCCCCGCUUGGACACGGCCGUGAAGAGGGGGGGGGGUCUGGAGCCGAAGCAGAGGGAGAGUCGGGGCUACAGCAGCUACAACGACAUCAUCCCGUUGGACAAAGGCAACAACAACGUGGCCGUGUCCAAGAAGAAACUGAAAUGGAAAGAGCAGACGCAGAAGGCCUUCAACGUUCCGUCCUUCAGAGGGAACGCCGUGUAUGGCUUCAAAGACCAGGACCAGGAGGAAGAGGACGAGGAGGAGCUGUUAAGUCCUGAGGAAGAGGAGGCCCGGGCCAAAGCGGAGCAAGAGGAGAUGAGGCGGCAGGCCGCCGAGGCGCAGCGAGCCAAGCUGGAGGAGGAGAAGUUGGCCGACAUCGCCUCGGACAUGCUGCUGCGGUACAUGGUCAAGCAGAACGGGGGCGGCGGCGGGAGCAGGAAGUACGCCUCGGCGGCCUCUCCCAACGCCGCCGAGGACAAGAGGUCAGAGGAAGACCGGGACCAAGACGACAUCGACCCCCAGACCAUCGACAAGCUGAUCGAGAUCUCCAGCAAGCUCCACCUGCCCGCCGACGACGUGGUGGACAUCAUCAGCGACGUGGAGAAGAAGAAGAAGAAGGACGCCACCCCGCAAGCGCCCGCGUCGGCCCCCGGCUCCCCUCCGGGAUCCGAGGACGCGCCGGUCAGCUUCGCGGUCUCCAAGCAACCCUCUCCGGCGCUCCAUCUCCUGCAAAACUGGUUUCGAGAGCAAUCGCCGUCCAGGUCCAAGGAAUUCUGGAGCGGUCCCUUAUCCAAUCCGUACACGUGGCCGAAGGCCCUGAAGCCCAAGAAGCAGAACCCUUGGGGACGGCCACGCUACCCCUACCCGCGGCCCUCCUUCUACCCCGUCUACUUCCCCCCUCCGCGGCCCGCGUACCGGUACUACGUCCCCAAGCACUCGGCGGCCUUAAACGCCUUUCUGCAGGGUUCCCGGGACGGGCCCUACGCCUUCCGGCCCAAGCAACGCUACCUCAACUGGGUGCAGCCCCGCUUGAGGAAGCCCCCCGCCGCCCUCCAGCGCAAGCCCUACUCCCCCAGAUACCGCCUCCCCGUGUACCCCCAGCGACCGCUGCCGGCUCCCAGGCUCCCUCUUCCGCAGGAGCAGUUUUACCAGUCGCGCCCGGAGGGAUUCUUGCCCGACAAUAAGGGACCCCUGGAAAAAUACAUCGAGCGGCUUCUCGCGAAGAGGCCGCGGGUGCAGGACUGAACUAAAAAUCCAAAUCAAAAAUCGAAAUGCAGUAGCGACGGGGGUGAUAGCCGAGCGUUUCGUUCUCUGUUGACAUCCAUUUAAAGGGGGUGGGGCGACAAGAGUAUUUCCAAAUGCGAGAUGUACAGUAUUUGACGGCGGGGGCAGCGAGGCGGCUUCAUAAUGGCUCCAGUGACUCAUCCCUUUGCACAACUUCAAUUACCUUGUUGCUAUAGUGCCACAGUGUACAUGUUUAAAAAAGAAAGAAAGAAAAAAAAAACCCACCGCAAAAUAUGUAUUUCUCAACAAGUCUCCACUUUCCUCCGAAUUGAAUUCCACCCAGUCACGUUUCAACCGGGUCGCACAAUCACCGGUGGUCCUGCGGGUUGUUUACACGACAGCUCAUCUGCCACCUCGCGGGUCACCGUGACAUGAUAUUUGCCUUCAUGCCUUCCAUUUAUGACGACGAUUGGACGGGACGUAAGCACACACGUGGGGGACGACGACGCUUGAGGACGGCGACGCUCCUCUUUUGGACAUUGUUGAGCUCGUUGGCACAAAAACUGCCACGGCACCGACAAUCCCGCCGAAUUCCCCCCCUCCCCCGACCCGAGCGGGGACCGAAUUGAACCACGUUUGAGGGCAUUUGCGAGUUCAGGAGCGUGCACGUUUAUACAUAAUUGCAUCUAAAAUGUCUUCUCGUGGGAGAUUACAAUGCAACAGUGAGGGGGAAAAAAAAAAAAAAGUAUGUAUUUUAAAAAAAAAAAUGGCUUCUAGAUGACCGAAGCGAUGAUGUCGUCGUAAAUUUAAGAUCCUUGUUCGAGUGUAGUGUUGUUGCCUGUACACGGCCUCUCGAUGUACCUUGUGAUUGUAUAAUAAACAUGCGUUUGCUGGAUAUGCAAGUAUGCGCAUGUCAGUGGCUACUUUUGCUACACACAAUAAACUAA